CGCUCGGUGCUCGGUUAGUCUGGUCUGACUCAGAGGUCAGAGGUCAGUGUGCGCGCUUCCAUCCAUCCACUGCAGAACCAACUGGUUGAGAACGAGGAGCAGUUCGUGACGAAUACAAAGUCUUACACCGGCUGAUGUUGGGGGUUCUCCUAGAGAAAGUGCUAUAAAGCUACGGAGAGCAGCAGCGUGUGUGGUUUCUCAUCAGGAGGCUCGCUGGUUGUUGUUGUUAGCUUCUUGGUUAGCCUAGCUAGCCUCGUUAGCCACUUUAGCUGGCUGUGCAGGGAAGUAGUAGCUAGCUUACCAGCUAGCUCAACCUGAAGCUAGCUGACCGGAGCCGACAUCUAUCUGACCCUGUAGACUAACGCAACCAUGCAGGACAUGCUGGCGAACGUGGAUCACCUGAAGUUCGACCUGGAGCUGGCGGUGCAGCAGCAGCUCGGGGCUCAGCCGCUGCCCUUCCCCGGCAUGGACAAAUCCGGGUCCGCUGUGUGCGAGUUCUUCAUGCGAGCAGCAUGUCAGAAAGGUGGGAUGUGUCCGUUCCGUCACAUCAGUGGAGAGAAGACGGUGGUGUGUAAGCACUGGCUCAGAGGACUGUGUAAGAAGGGAGACCAGUGCGAGUUUCUCCAUGAAUACGACAUGACCAAGAUGCCUGAAUGCUACUUCUACUCCAAGUUUGGUGAGUGCAGUAACAAGGAAUGUCCAUUCCUGCACAUUGAUCCAGAGUCCAAGAUCAAAGACUGUCCCUGGUAUGACCGAGGCUUCUGCAAACACGGUCCUGACUGCAGACACAGACACACAAGAAGGGUGAUCUGUAUGAAUUACCUGGUGGGCUUCUGUCCAGAGGGAAAAUCCUGUAAAUUUAUGCACCCUCGUUUUGAAUUGCCAAUGGGAGCUUCUGAACAGCCUCCUCUACCGCAGCAAAUUCAGAACCAGACAAAACCUGUUCCUAUUAUGGGUCGCUCGUCACUCUCUCUUAUCCAGCUGACAAACUCCAGUCCUGGCAUGCGGCCGCAGAACCACAUGCCAAUAGCUCCUCCUCAGCAUAAUAACAUGCCUGGCAACAGAGGGCCUCGACCACUGGACCAGGUCACCUGCUACAAGUGUGGUGAGAAGGGCCACUAUGCUAACAAAUGCACUAAAGGCCAUCUGGCCUUCCUGAGCGGACAAUAACCUUCAGCCUUGAGGUCACCACGGUGCUGUUGCUCAGUCCUCCUGUUGUGAGCAGAGGAGACGAGAGGAAGCUCCACAGGCUGAAAUUGAACUGAAAGACUUUGACUGCCACUGUUGUGUGAGAGUUUAUACUGACACAGGCAGUAGGAAAGAUAAACAUAGCUAUUUCUAUUUUUUGUGGAUACAUGAACAAAACAAAAACAGAUAAGGUCACAAUCGGUGUGGCUGUGUUUGAAUGACUUGUGCGUCAGUCUUUGGAGUUUUUCUACAUUUGUACUGUAAAGCACACUGAAUAUUUAAAUAGACAACACACCCAGGGUCCAACACAGGUGUAUUGCUGUAACAUGUUGCAGCUUCUUUACAGGAUUUAUGUGUUUCCUAGGGUCAUGUGACUGCAUCAGUGACACCAGACCAGUCUUUAUAUUCUGCUACUUCUAGUAAAUGUGACUGUAAAUGAAAUAAAAAAGAAAAAAAAAAUGUGAUAAAUGCCAGUGAGAAUGUAAAUGAAUGCUUUUUCUACUCAAAUCCAGCCUGCAAAGGUUUUAUUGUAUGCUCAACACCACCUAAAAUCUAAUGCCAAACCUUUUGAAUCCUGGGAAUGAUUCAUUCCUCCCACGGGCCCUGUGUUAGAUCUGAAUUGUAUCCAAAGAGAUUCGGGGGUACAGCAGUUUGGCUCAGCUUAAAUAAUUUCUCAAAGUUGUUUUGGAAAUCUGAACAGUCCCACAAUCUGUACAGUGUGUUCGAAUAAAUGUCCUUGUUACAGAUUUACCUGUUAUAUUCUCGUAACAACAGUGAGGGAGCG